GGAGGAAGAAGAGCCAGAGGGUAGUGGUUUGCUGGGGGUGGUGACUCAGACCCUAACUCCUGCUCUUCCCUCGUCCCCUGCUCCUUCAGCGAUGGAUAGGAGGAUGAGUAAAAGAGAGAGGAACAGGGUGAGGAGGCAGAGGAGGAGGCAGAGGAGGAGAGAGCGAUGGAGACAGAGCCAGCAGGACAAUACACAGAAUUCAACAGGGAACCCAUCGAGCAGCAGUGAGGAAGAGGAUGUGAGUGCUGGGGACAGAGAGGGCUUCAUCUGUGCUGUGUGUCUGGACAUUUACUUCAGCCCUUACAUGUGCCACCCCUGUAACCACAUCUUCUGUGAGCCCUGCCUCCGUACCCUGGCCAAGAACAGCCCGACCAACACCCCCUGCCCACUCUGCAGGACCGCCAUCACCCACGUCUUCUUCCAGAAGGGUUUCCAAAGGCAAACUAGUCCGAUAGCCAGGCGUCAGUUCCCCCAUGGGGGGUAUCGUCUGGACACCAUGGACUUUGAGGACGAUUCUCGUGGCUGGCGUUUCGACAUGGACAUGAUCAUUAUCUAUAUCUACUCUGUCAACUGGGUCAUCGGCUUCAUCAUCUUCUGCUUUCUCUGCUACGUCUUCUUCCCUGCCUUCUAA